AUGACAUGCGGCCUCUGCCAGUCCCAUACAGGAAGUGAGUCAUCAUCCAACAGCAGAAAGGAGAUGCUUCCCAAACCCAUCACCAUAGUGACGAGCGAGUCGUCGUCUACCUGCUUCGUGCUAUCGGAGGAGUUUAGCUUUGGAUCCAGCCAUGCUGUCACCACGCAGACACCUGCUCAGAUCCACACAAGGCCGGGACAGCACCAGCUCUCACAAAUGACGGCUGUGUUGAAUCCCCCAGCACCCCCACCCCCGCCUCCUGCCCCACCGACUCCUCCUGUGGGUCCCCCAGCCUCAUCCCCUCUGUCCCCACUCUCACCCACCAUUUCUCUGCUGGAAGAGGGGGACCUUCGCAGUGUGGACCCAUGCAAAGACCUGUGGGGUUCUAGAGGUUAUGAGGACUACCGACGGGCAGGGUCCACCAGGACUAUGGUAGGGGGGCUGACUGGGGGUGUGGUUGUUGGUGGUGGAGGGAGUCUGCAGGACAAGUCAGAGCUUUGCGUGGUUCGCUUUGAGAAGGAGCUGGCAGGAGUGGGGACGGCAGGCUGUGAGGUGACAGUGAGCUUGGACAGUAAAGCGUCACAGCGUCUGUCCUCGUCCUCACCAACCUGUAUGUCCAUGCCCAAUGCUGUGUCAGGCGUGUCCUCAGGUGCCGGCUCACCCCAGGAGACGGCCAAAGGCUCGCCCUCUCCAUGCUGCAUCCACACCUCACUGGCCACACCCCGGUCGCGGACUCGUAAGAGAGGAGGAGGGGCAAGCAGCGGCGACCCUGGGGCUAUAUCCCCCGAUGACGACAGCCCCUGUCCUCAGGGGUCAUCGUCAUGCUCAUCUCGCUGUGUGUACUGCCGCUCUGUUUUCAGUGCUUCAGAAAACGGGCGGGGCCGCUGCAGAGAUGCCCCAGACCCGGCCCUGCACUGCCUACGCCAGUGGACCUGUGUGUGGUGCGCAGAGAGUCUGCUCUACCACUGCAUGUCGGACUCUGAGGGAGAAUUCUGGGAGCCUUGCUCGUGUGAUGACUCGAUGGGGGGCCACCCACACCCCCUUUGCUGUGCCCGCUGGUUGGCCCUCCUGGCCCUGUCGCUCUUCGUGCCCUGCAUGUGCUGCUACCUGCCUUUGCGCGCCUGCCUGCGGUGUGGAGAGAGGUGUGGCUGCUGCGGGGGAAAGCACAAGGCGGUCCGAUGAGGCCAGGCUCUGGGGUGGGAGGGGUUCCCUGGACCAAAGGGGGUUUGGGUGUUGAGAGAAGAGAGCAUCUGUAGGGACAGAGGAGGUGGAGCUCAGCAGGUGGAACAGUGCUCUCAGUUGACCCAGACCUUCAAUGCGGCCCUCCAAAGCCCCACGGCCUUCCACUGCAUUCUGCUCUUUCUCUCUUCAACCUGGGGCCUUCCUCACUGGUCCAUGCCUGCUGA